CCUCCUCCUCCUGUUCUUCUGGCUCCGGGAUUCCUGAAGUUAAUAGGAGAAAUAAGGUAGCCAAGGGGACCACAUGGAAGUUGUGACAGCUCCCAGCCGCGCACCCCUUUCGUUUGAGCCAUUACCUCGCCUUAGGAAUUGCCACUGACACGUUGAAUGAAGGAGGUCUCCCUGCCAGCCAACCUGCCGGGAUGGGCCACUGCUGCUGCAAGCCUUAUAUCUGCCUUCAGUGCCUGGACAAGACGAAUGAAAGUGCCCUUGUGAAAGAAAAAGAGCUGUCAAUCGAACUUGCCAACAUCAGGGAUGAAGUUGCCUUCAACACAGCCAGGUGUGAGAAACUACAGAAGGAGAAGGAAGAGCUGGAGAGGCGGUUUGAGGACGAGGUGAGGAAGCUGGGCUGGCAGCAGCAGGCCGAGCUCCAGGACCUGCAGGGGCAGCUGCAGCUGCAGUUCCAGGCGGAGAUGACACGCCUUCAGGAGGAGCACAGCGCCCAGCUGCUGCGGAUCCGGUGUCAGCACCAAGAGCAGGUAGAAGAUAUCACCGCCAGCCACGAGGCUGCUCUCCUAGAGAUGGAAAAUAACCACACGGUGGCCAUCGCGAUCCUGCAGGAUGACCACGACCACAAAGUCCAAGAAUUGAUGUCUACCCAUGAGCUUGAAAAGAAAGAAUUGGAAGACAGUUUUGAAAAGCUGCGGCUGUCAUUACAGGACCAGGUGGACACGCUGACCUUCCAGAGCCAGUCUCUGCGGGACCGAGCCAGACGCUUCGAGGAGGCUUUGCAGAAAAACACUGAAGAGCAGCUGGAGGUUGCACUGGCUCCCUAUCAGCACUUGGAAGAAGACAUGAAGAGUUUGAAGCAGGUGUUAGAGAUGAAGAAUCAGCAAAUACACCAGCAGGAAAAGAAGAUUAUUGAGCUGGAAAAGCUGGCGGAAAAGAACAUUAUCCUGGAGGAGAAAAUCCAAGUUCUCCAGCAGCAGAACGAAGAUCUCAGAGCAAGGAUUGACCAGAACACUGUUGUCACGAGACAGCUGUCGGAGGAGAACGCCAACCUGCAGGAGUACGCGGAGAAGGAGGCAGAGAAGAAGAGGCUGAGCCGCACCAAUGAAGAGUUGCUCUGGAAGCUCCAAACUGGGGACCCAACCAGCCCAAUUAAACUCACCCCCACGUCCCCUGUUUACCGCGGCUCCUCCUCCGGACCCUCCUCACCCGCCAAAGUGGGCACCACGCCCAGAUGACAACGCCCCGCGGCCCUCGGAGCUGCGGCCCCUCACGCACCCGCGCUUCCACCUGGAGGGAGUCUGGACCACGGCCAGCCCCGCGCAUGCUCAGGAGCUGCUCAGCGGCACCCUCCCCGGGUCCACUGCU